UAUCGGCUCUUAAUUAUCCAGUUCUUUUAAGCUUCUCCGAAACAAAUUUACCUCGCAUCAGAUUUUUUACACUCUACUUCAGUCGUCUGCUCCACCUGGCCACCUCCUUGAACCGCCGUGCACCACCGCCGCCGCCACCACCACCACCACCACCACCAAAUGCGCUGCUGCCACUUGCUGAUUUGAGGUAAUUAACAGAGUAAAACAAAUGGAAAUGUCGUGUGCAUAUACACAAUGCUCGUGUUUCACUACAUGGAAGGAGCAAACUUCUUCUUUGCGUCCACUCUCUGCAGCUCAAUUUCCAGCGAUGCCUCAAAUUAAUGUAAAAAAACUUAAUUGUAAUCAAAAGCUACGGCGUCUGCCUACGGUAGCGUUGGCACAGAAAACCGACACAAGUACGAGGAAUGAAGAUAAUAGCAAUGUCGUUCUAAACGAAAAGUCCGCCAAAGGUUCGGGGACUUCAGCAAGAGGUCGCCGUUUGCUGAAAGUUCGUGAGGAAAAACGGAAACGUGAUUAUGACCAUAAGCACAAUUAUCCUGCUUGGGCAAAGGUGUUGGAAGAUGCGUGUAGAAAUGAUUCCGAGCUUAAAGCUGUUUUAGGAGAUAGCAUUGGAAACCCUGAACUCAUGAGAAAAAAGGUUGAAGAAAGAGUUCGGCAGAAAGGGAGAAGUUUCCAAAAAUCUAAAUCCGGAUCCGUCGUUGCAUUCAAAGUUAGCUUUAGAGACUUUAAUCCGCUUGAUUCCUACAUAUGGUUUGAGUUAUACGGAUCGCCUUCUGAUCGAGAUGUUGAUCUUCUUGGCAGUAUUAUUCAAUCAUGGUAUGUGAUGGGUCGCCUAGGUGCGUUCAAUUCAUCCAAUUUACAGUUGGGAAACUCGUCAAUGGAGUACGAUCCACUGUAUGAUGAAGACAAGGGUUUUAAAGUGAUGCCUUCGUCGUUUCAUGAUAUAAGUGACGUUGAAUUCCAAGACAAUUGGGGCAGAGUCUGGGUAGAUCUGGGUACAGCUGAUUUCUUUUCAAUAGAUGUUCUUCUCAAUUGCUUGACUGUAUUAAGCUCAGAAUAUUUGGGCAUCCAACAAGUAGUUUUUGGUGGGCGGAGGAUGGGAGACUGGGAAGAUGGGAUGACGAGUCCCGAAUACGGUUUUAAGUCCUUCAAAAUAUGAAAAAUUUUGGCGGGAAGAAAUUGUUAUAAAGUUUCAUAAAUGUUCCUCUUAACUAUUGGCAGGAGUACUUCAUCUUUAUGUUAACUCUUGUUGGAUUUGAUUUAAUGCAUCGAUUUUUUGCUCGA